AUGCAGCACGAAGAUCUGUUCUCGCCAAAACUGAAGCGCGCUCGCUCGGUCAACACCUCCCGCGAGACCUCCUCAGAAUCGGAUGAUCUCGGGGGACCGUUGCAGAGGCUGCAGAGCGAACAAAAAGCCAUGCUCAUCCUCGCAGGGCAGGGGAUCCAGAACAUUGCCCUAGACUCGACCAUGGAUUGCUUCAACAUUCUCUCCGAGUUCAAAGACAGCGCAAGCGUUGUGGAGGCUGCUCUCUCGGCGAUUUUCAAGACUAACUCCAUUUUGCGGGCGAACUGCGUCAACAGCGCCGAGCGCCUCCGGAUCGUGUGCAACGCCGCCGCCGGGCACAGGGACUCCCCGACGGUGACCAACGCGCUGGGGGCGGUGCUGUCACAGCUCCUCCUGCGCGACUUCAAGCAGUUCCACAUCCAGGAGCAAGAGCUCUGUGUUUACACCCUGAUCGACUGCAUGCCGGCAGUGGAGAAGAAGGGGACGUUCGUGAUCCUGGUUGAUCUCAUGUUGACCCUUAUAGAUGUCCAUUCCGAGUAUAUGAGCAGCGUCAGGACCCAGGUGAAUCUCUCCAACCCUGGCCUCUCCGAAGACCAAAGGUCCCAGAUCAUCAAGGAAAAGCACCUCCCGAAGCUCAAUGCGGACCAGAUCCAAGUCUUUGUGAUGCUCGCGAAGCAAAACAACGCGUUGGAGCUCGCCCCGGUCUUCAACGCGUUCGAGAUGUACGAAUCCAUUGGACUCGAUCCAGAGCAAGCCAAAAACAUCUUUUACAGCGUGUUCUCCAAGCUCCGUCUCCACCACAAUGUAAAGCGGUUCAUUCACUCCGAGAUGUACUACGCCAUUCCAGCACUUGCAAAGCACUCGGAGAAAGUCAGGGAGCUGAUGACUUCCGACAACGUCCUCAAGCAGGUGACCUCGCACCUCAACUCCGUGCACGAGCCGUUCAAGGACUCUCACGCCGCGAUGUUCCUCGACGGCUACAACCACGUGAUGGAGGCCCUCAAGCCAGAACAUCGUAGCCCCGCGCUUGUCGAACUCGUGGUCUCCCUCGCAGACAAGACCUGCGAAUUCCUGAUUGAUUGCAAGGAGGGCCCCUCGAUCCCCUUCUCGGGCAUCGAGAGGAAACUCUUCCAUGUGGCAUUGGAAAGCUCCCUUCAAUGCAUAAAGUUCCCGGAGGUUGCUGCGGUGCUCGCCAAAGCACGCUGCUGGAUGAGCUUGUUGAGCGCAAUCAACAAGGACUUGGAAAGCGAACUUGUAAAGGCCUCAGACUCGGCAUCGAUCGAUAAGCACUACUCUCGAAGGUUCAAGCUCUACAUCAAAACUCUCGGAUUGUUGGAGGCUCUGGCAGAGGUUACCUUUGCUAAAUUGAAGAAAUCCCUCAACGACGGGAUUGCUCGUCUUGAAAGAGACUUAUCGCAGCAGAUGACCCCCGCUCAAGCAGGUGGAGUUCCGCUCUGGCUUUCGUUGGAAAGUGAUCUGAAAAACCACACUCUAUUGAAUGCUGAGAUACAGUCGCUCACCCAUUUCGUUGGUGCUCUGGAGAAGGGACCAACGAAACCCCUCCUCGACAUGAUUGAGAGGCUUCGUCAGAGUCGAGUGAUCCUUCGCCGCGUUGAGGAGGAUCUCGAGUAUGUAAAUCACUUGGUAAAGGUCCCGUUUGACAAACUGAACAAAUCAAGCCACGUCCAUCAACUGCAAACUCUCUUGAAGAACACUACUGCGUUAUUGCUAUUGGGUCAGUUCUUCAACUCCAGGUAUCAUCAGCUCGGCCAGGAAAAUUACAAGUCGCUGAAAAGGGCACUGAAUCAUGCGGCUGAAAUGCUCGUUUCUGCAGUCUCGGGCCUGUGGAAUCCCUCAUAUGGAGAGUAUUUUCUGUCCUUGAACACUUUACGUGGGUAUAUAGAGGGAGUCAAGGAGUCCCUUCCGACCUUGGAGACGAAUCCAACUGUAGAGAAAUGGGAACCCUUGAUCAUGCGUUUACACGUGCAGCUCGUCAAGGCGCUUGUGCGCUCACGUGCUGUCAUGGGGCUUGAUUUUCAAGGGUGA